ACUCCUCACUUCUCCUCCAUUCCCAUCUCCAAUCCUCUAACUCGUUGACCACCCCCUCUUUUAUUUUUCCGACCAUUCCCUACACCACUUUUGUUUUCCUUCUUCUCCCUCCUCCACCUUCAUCAACCCACGCUAGCUUUUCCCUUUUCCAUGUUGGAUCACAACCCUUCUCACAAGUUUUCCCCGAUUCCAUUCCAACCUUAACAACAACAACACACCCCACUCAGCACUUACUUCCACCAUUAAACUCUAUAUAAUCCCACAAUUGCAUACUUCUUCAUCUUUCUAACCUCAAAGUACUUUCUAAACCUGGGUCCUCUCUCUCCUUCCGAUCUUCCUUAACAACACAUUUAUAAAAACCAUCCAAUUAUGUAACUCUUCCCUUUCUAGUACCAUAUAAACUCCCCCCCACAAAAAAAAAAAAAAACUUUUUUUUAUCUUCAUCUUUCUAGCUAACCUCAAAGUUUUCAAACCUGGGUCCCCUCUCUCCUUCCAAUCUUCCUUAGCAACACAUUUAUAAAAACCAUCCAAUCAUGUAACUGUACCCUUUCUACCUUACAAAUUCCCCAGGAAAAAAAACACAAAAAAACACAAUUUUUUAAUCCUUACAUUUGGAAAAUGAUGUAGUGUGUUCACUAUCUUUAUCCAAUUAUCCUUUUCUAGUUAUUUUUAUCUUAUAUUUGUGAAGUUUGAAAAACAAAACAAAAAAAGAAGGAUGCCGGAAUCGGAGACAGGGACGCCGACGGCGGCGUCGGUGCCGGCGACGCCGGAUACUCCGGGAGGACCCUUAUUCACGUCGCUGCGAGUUGACUCACUGUCGCACGAGCGAGACUCGUUCGCAAUGGCACGGUGCAAGUGUUUGCCGACCAAGGGCCAUAUCUGCUUCACUGAUUUCUCAGUUGGUGUUCCACUUCCCAAUGUUUCUCUCACUCAAAAGGUUGGAGCAGAGUUUGUGGGGACUUUCAUAUUGAUAUUUGCUGCAACUGCUGGACCAAUAGUGAACAACAAGUACAAUGGAGUAGAGACUCUAAUGGGAAAUGCAGCUUGUGCAGGGCUAACAGUGAUGUUCAUUAUUCUCUCCAUUGGCCACAUCUCGGGUGCACACCUGAACCCAUCCCUCACCAUUGCCUUCGCGGCCUUUCGCCACUUCCCUUGGGCCCAUGUCCCAGCCUACAUAGCAGCACAAGUCUCUGCCUCCAUCUGUGCCUGUUAUGCUCUCAAAGGUGUUUACCACCCUUUCCUUUCUGGUGGGGUCACUGUCCCUACCGUCAGCGUCGCCCAGGCUUUCGCGACUGAGUUCAUCAUCACUUUUAUUCUCUUGUUUGUUGUCACUGCUGUGGCCACUGAUACUCGUGCGGUUGGUGAAUUGGCAGGCAUUGCUGUCGGAGCUACAGUUCUACUCAACAUUCUCAUAUCAGGACCAACAAGUGGUGGUUCGAUGAAUCCGGUGCGCACGUUGGGUCCAGCUGUUGCAGCAGGAAAUUACAAGCAUAUAUGGAUCUAUUUGGUGGCACCAACGUUGGGUGCUCUGGCUGGUGCUGGUGUUUACACACUCGUCAAGCUGCGUGACAACGAGGCCGAACCGCCGAGACAAGUUAGGAGUUUCCGUCGCUAGUUUGGCAACGCAACGUCGCUGUUCUUCCUCCACUCCACAACUCAACUCAUCAUGUAUCUAGUUUCCUAUUUGAUUUUAUAUGUAUAAUCUAAUUAAAUAAAAUGUGGGGGAACUCCGUAUGAUCCAAUAUGUGAAAAGUGUGUGUAUGGUGUGUUUCAGUUUGUGUUAUCAUGGAAAUUUUGCCUUGUGGAUGUAGAUUUUCUUAAAAUGGCUAACUAAAGCCAUGAUUUGUGCACCUUGAAAUUAAUAAUAUGUAUGGUUGUGUGAAACACUCAUUA